GUGGUGGAUGUUCCGGGUGUUCGGCCACAGAUCGGUCUCGGUGCUGGACGGAGGCAUGAAGCUCUGGGAGGCUGACGGACACCCGGUGAGCUCCGAGUACAAGAAGCCCGAGCGUAGAGACUUCCAGGCGACCCUGAACGCAUCAUGGGUGAAGAGCUACGAGGACGUCCUGGAGAACAUCAAGACCAAGGAGGUCCAGGUGGUGGACACCAGGUCUYCUGGCAGGUUCAAGGGUACUGAUCCAGAACCCAGAGAUGAUAUCGACCCAGGACAUUUCCCCGGAGCCAUCAACAUGCCGUUCACCGCGUUCCUUGAUUCUUCUGGAAAACAUCUCCAAACCGAGGCCCUGGCCAAGCUCUUCAAGGACGCRGGUGUGGAUGUGGAACGUCCUCUCUGGGCUUCCUGCGGUUCUGGAGUCACCGCGUGUCACGUCAUCCUGGCUGCCGAGCGGCUCGGACACCCGGGGGUCCCUCUUUACGAUGGRUCCUGGUGCGAGUGGUUCCAGAGGGCCGACAAGGAGAACAUCAUUUCAGAGUGGAGGAAGAAGAAGGAGUGAAUGAAAGAGGGAGCAUAAAUACGAAAACUAUCUUUACGCUAAUGUUUUACUAAAGCUAAAUCCUUACUGCACUCUAAGGACAGCUGCAAACAUAAGUUAUUAAAAARAAUUUGAAAUUCUGAAACAAAUUCAACAAGUAAAGGUCAAAGUUUCAUCAUCUG